AUAGGGUAUUAAACGGCCCUAUACCAUGUAUUGCUGCAUUAUAAAUUUAAACAUGCAUACACAUUGCCAAUAUAUCCCUAAAAUCGCACCUCUUAUCACUUUUGAUAAAAAUCUCCAUUUCUAACAUCGCAAAGACCAAAAUGUCGUCACUAACUGGAAAUAUUCGUUACAAGAGGCUAUUGGACCACGUAAACACGUUACUAAGACGUAAGAAUGUCAGAUUUAGCAAACCCCUUGGAGGAGGAGGUCCGAAAUGUUCAGUUGGAGGCCUGAGACACUACGGCGAGUGGAUCAGCACACUGGAGGUCAUCAAGUCAAACUUUUCCCGGGACCCCGGCAGCCUAAAGACAUUCCUGUCCUCCGGAACCGGCCUGGAAUUCGUUGACGCCCUCAAGGCCAGGGUCUGCUCUCUCCGAGCCAAGGACAUCUUCCGACUUCUCCUGGCCAUACACGAGGUCAAUAUCAUUAGCUUAGAAGAGAACCUCGUUGCUGAGCUGGUUGAUUCGCUGGAUGAGCUUGAUCUACAGCAAUUGCUAAUGCUCCCAAAAUUGCUCCACGGAAACUAUGAGCUUCUUGAAAAUAGGUUAAACGAGGCUGUAAGCAAAAGGAUUAGUGAAAGCGAUCACACAGGUGUUGCCAGAGAGGCUAUUGACAGGCUCUUGAAAAAUUCUCACUGAUAGUAAAAUUCGUCCUG